CUGGGGCCCCGAACUUCCCAAUCCAAGCAAGCUCCGCGCACUGAGAAUCUUAGCUUUUGGCAGAAGAGCUCGGGGCAGGCACUGCAUCGUCCUCGUCCCUGCACUCUGAAACACCUUCAACCUUGCCCUGUUCCUCUCCCCUUCUCGACUCUGCUCUGCUGCUUACCCUCCACCACCCUUCAACGCCGUCGUUCCCUUGACCUCCACCCUGCACCAUCGCACCGAACUGCAGGUCCCAUCCUUCCACGACCCAGCGCAUUGGGACUCCGCCAUCUCCUGUUCCUGAACUGCGCGCGUGUAUUUGAGACGAUUCUCCGUGCUCCGCUCACACAGCAGUCUGCCACCCAGGAAAUCUUCUCGUGGGAAAUUCCCUGCUCGGAUCGUUCAACUCCAACAUCCGAUCAACAUCACCUCUCCUGAUUACACCACGCUGCCGACGCCGACCUCACCAGGCGCGCCAUACAUAAUCCUCACCCAGAAAUCGCGCCGCUGAUCGACCUCCCUCACAAUGCCUUCCUCUACCACCUUUGGAGCGACUUUUGUCCCCACCGACGACCACCAACGAGCUACACCACUGCUCAACGAGCCCUUAACCGACUCGCCUGCCAUGACACCCGUACCCUCUCACGAUUCGCUCGCACAACAGUACAGCCAAAAUGUGCCCGUCCAGUCGCCGUUCUACACGCACCCACCUGCCUCACACGAAGUAAUUCCCUCAGAGAAGAAGACACAUCUCAAUGUCUAUGAGAAGGACCUUGAAGCCGGCAACGACACGCCUCUCACCCCUUCCACAGACGAGGAACACCCCUUUUCGAAGCGCAUUGGAGUGGAGCAGAAUACAGAGGAUACCAUGUGGCCCAGCAAGCAAACGCUGAAGCAGAAAUACAUGGCAGAGAAGCAGCAGCGGAGACAACAGAAGGGCAUCAAGGUACUCGUCCCUGUACGAGAGAGAUGGGCUGCAUUGAGCAAGCGUAACAAGUUGAUCGCGAAGCUCCUGCUGGGCUUGUUCAUCAUCGGCGUAGCAGUGGGGUUGGGCGUGGGAAUCAGCAAAGCAGUACAAGGAUCGUACUAUGUUAAGGAUGGUGCAAGCAAGCCCAUCGACCGAUGACGGCUCUCAUGAACAACACACGACGAUGAAGUCAGCGACUAUACUUUUGAACAUAACCCCCUGCAUCUAUCUGUAUGAAUUCAUUGGCGAGGAGUUCCGGCGUAGCGACAACACGAUGGACUGGUAGCGAACGACUACGCAUGUCAAGGAACGGCGCAAGACCACAUAUUGUAGAAGCGGCAUUUUUAUUUUGUACGGACCCGGGGCAUUUCUCUUUUAGUGCUGGAAAGAAGACGAAGAUGGAUACACUGCAAGUCGAUUUUCCCACCGACUUUGCGAUACAAUGACCUGCACAAACAAACGUUUCUCACGCUCCCGGGAAGGUCGAGUGUGAUUAACACGGCCGAGAUAGAGACUGC